CUCCGUUCCCUCCCAAUAUGGCGCCUCUUCGCGUCCUACUUCCCCAUCCACCUCUACAGAUCAACAACCCUACAACCAACAGGGAAAUACAUCUUCGGCUACCACCCCCACGGAAUUCUCUCCCACGGGGCUUUCGGAUCCUUCGCAACCGAAGCACUCGGCUUCUCCAAGCUCUUCCCGGGAAUCGAGAACUCCCUGCUGACGCUCGACUCUAACUUCCGCAUCCCCAUAUACCGGGAUUACCUCCUUCUGCUUGGCAUGGGCAGCGUAUCGCGUUCCUCAUGCGAGAAAAUCCUCAACACCGGCGGCAUAGACGGAAAGGGAACAGGGAACGGUAUAACGAUUGUCAUCGGCGGCGCCAAAGAAUCCCUCGAAGCAGUCCCGAAUAGUAUGCGCCUGGUCCUUAAAGAACGAAAAGGGUUCAUCAAACUCGCUAUUCGCAAUGGGGCCUCGCUCGUGCCUGUACUCUCAUUUGGGGAAAACGAUCUUUACACGAUUCUCUCAGACCUAGACCCGAAAUCGUUCAGUGGACGUCUCCAGCAGCUCUUUAAAAAAGCAUUAGGCUUUACAGUUCCGUUCUUUUACUCAAAGGGCCCGCAAAUGUUUGAUUUUGGGAUUACGCCGCAUCGCAGGCCGGUGAAUAUUGUUGUGGGUAGGCCGAUUCAUACGCGCAGGAUGGUUGAUCCGGUGGAUCAGGUUUAUUUGGAUGAGCUUCAUGGGCUUUAUGUCGCAGAGCUGGAGAGGAUUUGGGAUGAGUGGAAGGAUGUUUUCGCGCCCGGAAGGGCUGAGGAGAUUACAUUUCUUUGA